CAACUUAGUUUGUAGACACCAGGGUACUGUAUGUCCGGAAUCACAUCUUUUACAGAUGGAACCAGAUCACGGAUUUCAUGUAAUGCGUUGAAUCAGACCUGGAUCUUGUGUUUAUGCAAGAUUUUGUAGAUCUUUUUUGCGAUCCCUGUUUUAUAUUUUUUUAUUAUUUUAUUGUUUCCCUUCUACGUGGUGGUGACUUUACCGAAAGAACCAAGAAUAUGAAUCCCUGCAGUCACGAAAGCUUUAAAUAAAGAAAAGUUAAUUGUGAAAACUUUCCGCUAAACAUAUGUUAAUAUAUGCUAAUUUAUGCGCGCCCCGAACCUUCCCCCCGCCCCCUCGUGUGACGCCACGCGCGAGACAGGAAGUGGGGGGCGGGGCGGCAGGAAGCGAUGGCGGACGAGAAGGUCAGCGCGGUCGUGACGGAGACGACGAUCCGGGGGAGAUUUGUCUGUGUGGGGAUUCCCUGCGGAAGCUUCGAGACCUCGCGGAGCUGAAGGAGCGGCUGAGGGGGCUGCAGCAGCAGCUGGAGGAGAGCGGAGGGGCAGCUGCGGCGGGGGGCUCCGUGCUCAGCUCCCCGCUGCUGAAGGGCUUCGCCCUGGGCUUCGUGUUCGCCAGGCUGCGCGUGGCCGGCCUGGCCGGGGCGCUGGUGGGCGUUGUGGCCGGCGCCUACGCCGCCCAGAGCUACGAGCUCCCCGACGUGGGCCUCACGCUCGCCUCGUACCUGCGUCGCGUCAGGGGCGACGAUGGCGGGCCACGGGAGUGAGCUCCCUUGCGCUGUGGGUGGGCGGGUGGGUGGUGGGUGGGUGGUAGUGGGUGGUGGUGGGUGGGUGGGGUGGGUCACCGCCCGCUCCCGCCCACCGUCGCCAGGUCAAUCGGGAGCCUCGGGAGCGAGCUCCGCCAUUCGGGGCUCUGUUGCGGUGCGGGGUUGUGAAUCUACCACCCACCCACCAUCCACCCACCCACCGCUCUCCACCCACCAAAGACUGAGGUCCUCCACAGGGCCAAACCCACCCACCACCCACCACCCACUACCCACCACCCACCCACCACCACCCACCCACCACCAGUUAGGUCAAUCAGAAGAGCCCCAGGAGUGAGCUCCGCCUCGGGCCUGUUGGUCAACAUCCACUCGGGGAGGAGGGGGGGCGCGCCCACCACGAGACAUCUCCGUCAAGGGGUCCACCACGAGUCGCCUCCACCAGGGGGCCCACCACGAGUCGCCUCCACCAGGGGGCCCACCACGAGUCGCCUCCACCAGGGGGCCCACCACGGGUCGCCUCCACCUGGGGGCCCACCACGAGUGUCAUCUCCACCAGGGGGCCCACCACGCGUCGCCUCCACCAGGGGGCCCACCACGAGUGUCGUCUCCACCAGGGGGCCCACCACGAGUGUCAUCUCCACCAGGGGGCCCACCACGAGUGUCAUCUCCACCAGGGGGCCCACCACGAGUGUCAUCUCCGUCAGAGGCCCCACCACAAGUCGCCUCCACCAGGGGGCCCACCACGAG